CUAAUCAGACACUCGCGCAUACAACCCUCGAGAGCCAAACAGAGCCCAUACUGUUUCACUGCCACUGCAUAAAACCCUAAUAAUAAAAUUUCUUCAUUUUCCACUCCGUGCCCGAACGCAGCUUCGCUCAAAAUCAUAGCUUAGCGGCGUCAAGGAGAGGAGAAACCUGGUAGUUACAGACAACCAUGUCAGACAAGGCUGUGACUAUUAGAACAAGAAAGUUUAUGACAAACAGGCUUCUUUCAAGGAAGCAGUUUAUCAUUGAUGUUUUGCAUCCUGGGAGAGCUAAUGUUUCUAAGGCUGAAUUGAAGGAGAAACUGGCAAGUUUAUAUGAAGUGAAAGACCCGAAUUCGAUUUUUGUGUUCAAGUUCCGUACUCAUUUUGGAGGUGGGAAAUCAACUGGGUUUGGGCUGAUUUAUGACUCUGUGGAGAGCGCCAAGAAAUAUGAACCAAAGUACAGGCUAAUCAGGGAUACAUGCUACUCGUUAGCACUGGGACUGGAAUCAUGUUUUGUCAUACUACCACCACAUAUGUUGGGGAUACAACAAACUAGUAAUGGACUCGCCACCAAGGUGGAAAAAUCAAGGAAGCAGCUAAAGGAAAGGAAGAACAGGGCAAAGAAAGUUCGAGGUGUAAAGAAGACCAAGGCUGGAGAUGCUGCAAAGAAGAAGUGAGAUCUAAGUGAGUUAGCUACCUGUCACAGUAAUACGACUGGAAACCUGAAUGUUUCUUCCUCGGAUCUUAUCUAUCUAUCCUCCAAUGAAGUUUUGUUAAGAUUUUGUUUUGAGAUUGCUUUUAGUUAUGUUUGCCAGCUGACUGAACAUGUGCCUGUAGAGGUUUUUAAUAUUUGAGGAAUCAUUUGUUGAAGUAA